AUGGUUCUAGUUAGCAGACAUAGAAGUAUAUCAUUAUCAAGACGUAUUUUGUUGUCGAUAUUCAAAACAUUGAGUGCACAUUACAUACCACUGCAUUUUGCACUCUUAUCCUCCCAAAAUCAAGUCAAGGCAUCUGUGCAAAGGAGAAUACGCCAGAGCAUAGCUGAAGAGUAUCCUGGACUUGAACCAAUUUUGGAAGAUUUGCUGCCAAAGAAGUCACCCCUCAUAAUUGUGAAAUGCCAAAAUCAUCUGAAUCUUGUCGUUGUCAACAUUGUUCCAUUAUUCUUCAAUAUUCGUGAUGGACCUUAUAUGCCUACUCUACGUCUCCUCCAUCAAUGUAAGCUUAAAUUUGGAAAUUAGUUCCACUUAUUUAUGCUUUGACCUUAUAAUUCAUGGUUGUGAUCUAGGUAAAAUGUUACCGCUAUGUUACUAUUUUCGAGUCCCGUCAAAAAUAACUUCUGGCAGUCUCUUAGGUCUUAUCUCUAGUGAGGUUUACCAUUGCUUUUAUCCAACCUUAUUGUCAUAUAUAUGUCAUUGCAGUGCACAGUUUCAACUGAGCUUAAUCUCUCUCUUUUAACUUUUUCUUUCUGUUUCAAGGGCUGUUCUGCAAAUUUUACGGCUUGAUUAAUUGGCGUGAGUCGUAGGAAUCAGACAAACCAGACCAACCAACUCUAGUCACCACUGUCCACAAACAUGGAUUUAAUCAUUUAUAG